AUGGCACCACCUCUUUCCCUACAGGCCAAACGUUGGCGAACUAUUAUCGUCACGCUACCGAUAAUUGGUGCAACGUCUCGUAAGGCUGUCUUUUCUCUUUCAAAAGUCGUUCUAUAUCAGCGCUUGGUCAUGGGUACCCCACAAAGAACACUUCCCGACGCACCUCCGUUACCGCAAGCGUCAGAGGUUGAGAGGAAAACCACGGGCACAGAAAGCAAUAAAGUUAAUUGA